AUGGAAAUUUCAUGUUUAAGAGCUUUAGAUAAACUGACAACGCCCAAACAAUACCAAGAAAUAUCCAAACCAUGGCUCUCUGUUCUUAUUUCAAGUAGUUUUGAUGUAAAUCAGAAUCAUCGAAUUUCAAAUCUUUUAAAUUCUAUUUCAAACAGUUCCGAAUCUUUAGAAUAUCUUGUAGCAAGUGUUUCAGAGAUAAUUUCUGAUUUAAAUGAAGAAGAAAUUUCAAAAUUAUCAAAUUUACUGAAAACUAUAAAUAAAAACAAAGAUGAUUCAUUAAUAGAUAUAUAUAAUGAGAUGAAAAGCUUUGUUGAACUCCAGAGACUUCCAGAAACAUCUUUUCUUGAAAAUCAAAUUCAAAAUAUUCAAAAAUACGUUGAAUUUUACUCUAAUUUCAUUAAUUCAAUUGUUAAUAAUGAUCCGAUUGAUACUAUGUUGUUUAUUUCAUCACAAUUAUAUUCUUUUUCUGAAAUUUUUGAAAAUUCAAAAAUUAAUCUGAUGAAAAUCAACAUAAAGACAAUGAUUUCAAAGAUCAUAGGUGUCAAUGCAGACAUACAGAUCAUUAUCACUGCAAUCAAAGCAGUAGUUUCUCUUUUGAACGAAAAUUCAAAUAAUAAAUAUGAAUUUUUAUCGUCAAAAGUGAAUCGACUUGAGAAAUCUGUUUUUACAGAUUAUAUCACAGGCUCUGUUUAUGAUUUUGUCUCAAAAUUACCAAAAUUUGACAUAUUGAACCAAGAUUUUGAUUUUUCAUAUAUAAGAGACACAUUUGUCAGGGAAAGUAUUAAACAGGAAUGCUCUAAGUACAAAGAUAACCCCAAUCUGAGGACUUCUUUGUCAUUUAACUUAUCAUCAAAAGUUUUAUCGAUAAAUACCCCAGAAAUCACAGAGUUAUCGUAUACAUUUGUAUUGUUAGAACUUUCUGAAGGCUUGGCCAAGCGAUUGAACAUUCCUUUCAACUUUUCCCAGAAAAAUUUUGAAAAAUCUUUUGUAAUUGAUAAAAAACCAGAACUAUUACAAGACCAAACAGUUGUUCACGAAGAACCAAUACAUUUCCAGUUUGCAAACGAGAAAAGAAAAGCUCCCAAAUUUGAUUUUCAAAUCGACCCACUUGAUGAUCGAGAAUUUAACAUCCAGAAUGAAUCAUUAAUGAUUAAUGAUGCUUUUGGAGAGAAUGCAGAAAGGAUCACUGAUAUUAUUCACUUUGUUGAAAAUAAUUUUUAA